CUAAUCGCACAGCUUCUUGUGAUGACACCAGAAUCCGGCGUUCUAUAUUCUCUUGUAUUCUGAUGUCCCUAAAGACCUUCUUGUGAUAAUGAGGGGGGCUGUCAUGUGAUUACCAAUAAAGCUGUAAGCCUCCUUAAGCCACAAGAAUUAGGCAGCUAUCAUUCUUUGCAUAGCCUCCUAUUUCAUAUCAUUCAGCUGAAAGGAAUACAACAACAUCGUUCACGUCUCCUGAGUAUGCUCUGCAAACUUCAAGAUGCAUUCUACCCCCUAGAAUUGCCGAGUUCACAUCACAAUUGCAUUAAGGGCGUCUAUUCAACGCUCGAAUAACGACGUAGUAAGACGAAGAAACAUUCAAGGGACUUAUGAGUGCUCUUAAUUCCAAUCCAACAACCGAGUGCAAUUUCGAAGAGACGGGAAAGUAGUCAAUAUGUCAAAUCUCCUUUCUGAACUCACCCCGGAAAUUUCGGAUGAAUCUUCUGGUACUCUGCGAUCGUUGAAUGAAAACUUCUCAGUACCAAGAGAUUCUCAUACACCACUGUCAUUGCAAAGCGAGCCUUCGGGAGGUGUUGUCACAACGAAAAAGAGAGAAAGAAAAGGGCACACAAAAGCAAGACGGGGUUGCUUCAAUUGCAAAAGAGCUAGAAUCAAGGUAUCAAUGUUAAAAGACGUCGUUUUGAAAAUAGAGUCAUAGCGAUCGCUAAUAUAUACAUAUAGUGCAAAGAAAAUCGCCCAGCAUGCGAUUACUGCGCUCACCGAAACUUAGCUUGCAAGUGGCCUGAUAAUAUACAGCUACAGGCACAAACUAUUCCAAGUAGGGCUUUGGCACGAAGAACGGGACCCCCAGACUCAAUUCCUGCAUUGCCACAAGUUCAAGGCCCGGUUUUCAAUGCCAAUGAUUUCAGACUAUUCCAAAAUUUCAUUGACAGUGCAUAUCCACACCAUCCAACCGGAAGUGAGUCGGUCUGGAAGCACGAAAUUCCCGCUAUUGCUCACGAGGUAAGCUGUUCUCUUCCCAGAGGAUACAAUUGAGAUGGUAAUAACCCGACGACAGCAUGGGUAUCUUCUCCACGCAAUGCUGGCUUUAAGCGCUUCUGAGCUCGCAGACGAAGAGCCCAAUCCCGUGACCUCCAAAGCCCUAUCUUGCACCGCCAUCUCCCACCGCGUAACAGCAAUCACAAAACUUAAUGUAGCGAUUACCGCCGGUCUUGCCAAUUUUGAGCAGGGAAACGCAAUGUUGGCAGCUUGCUUCUCGCUUCUAUUCCAGUCAGUUCUGCUUGAAGAUGGACUUCUCGAAUAUAUGACUUUUAUCCGUGGUACCGUAACGGUGGGGUUUCAAAUGGGCGUCAAACGUCAUCGAGUAUUGUUUGAACAAGCUUUCGAACAGACUGAGAUACCAGAAUCGAUAGAUAAUUUGAUGUUGGCAGCACCUCUAGUUCAUCCGAUACUAGUAAGGAAGGCUCUCAACAGCCUGGAGAGACUGCAGCCCUUAUGCGAUCAUCCGGUUGAGAUAGAAAUGUUCAAGAUGCUGCACGAAGUAGCUCGUUCCCUCAUCACCUGUGAGAGGCCAGACCUCGAAUAG